CAAGGCAAGGUUUGUCUCUUGUCGGCUUCUGUACCCUCCACCAGGAAGUUACAACAAUUUCAUUCAAUUUGUGUGGCGGUGUUGAAACCUGUUACAACUCUUCAUUUCAAAAUGCGUAGAAGAACCGAAGCUCCAGCAUCAAACAACGAACCUGCCAAUGGCGACAGAAAGGAUCCCAAUCAAAGACCGCGCAGCCAAUCUGGGGCUGAAGGCAGAGUGUCGUAUGGCUCUGUGCUCAUGACCAUUGGAAAGUGUUUACUCUUGAUCAUCUUCAUCCCUCCGUUCCUCAACUAUGCAUCGCUGCAGAGAGAAGGACAGAUGCUCUUGCCUAAAGAUGGCCAGAUUGUUGAUGUUGGUUUGGGUCAAAAGAUGCAUCUUUUGUGUAAAGGACAAGGACAACCAGUUGUAAUACUGGACGCACCGACUGGAAUGUCCUCAGACGUUUGGUUGCAUGUGCAGGAAAAUGUGGCCACACUAACAAAGGUCUGCACCUUUGACAGAAUGGGACUGGGCUUCAGCAAGCGGCUGCUGCAGAAUGAAACCACGGGAACCGAGAAAGUUUGGGGGAUGUCGACGUCUGGACGCAUGGUGGAUGAUCUGCACCGACUCCUGCAGGCCGCUGAAAUAGCCAAGCCCUUCAUCCUGGUUGGCUCUGAGAUCGGCACCCUCAACGGCAGGUUCUACAGCCACAUUCACGACGUGCAAGUGUCAGACCUGGUGCUGAUUGAUCCCAUCCCAGACGACAUUUUCGAGGACGAACAGUGGACAGAGUACUGGUAUGGUAAGCUGUUGCCCUCGCUCCAAGUCAGGCAGUUUUCAGCAGCUACAGGGCUGAGCCGCAUGCUGAUCAUCCUCGGGGUGAUGGAACCGACAGUUAAAGGCGAAAAUGUUUCGGAGGAGGUCAUCCAGCGUCAGAAAUACCUACUAAGUAACCCUGCCCACCAGAGCAGUGCUGUGGAUGAGCAUUACUUUCUGAAUGAAAGUGCAUCUCAAGUAAGGGAUAUCACAAAGUUUAAGCCGCUCUCCAGCAGGACGUCAGUGAGCGUGAUCACCGGCGAUUCCUUUGACCAGCAAAUACCAGAACAUCUAAACCAGAUGGUAGCCGAGCUUCAAAAGAAGUUUCUGGAGGAGUCCUACCCGUCAGCCAAUCACAUCCACAUAAAAGGAGCAGACCGGCGAAUGAUCUACAAGGAACCAUCUGCCAUCAGCCAGCACCUGAGGAAGCUAGUCAACCGACGACAAGCCAAACAGCAGAGCGAGUGACCCAUGGCCAACAUGCAACAAUAGCCCAGACAUGGACAGGGUAAUCAUUGAAUAUGUUUUAAAUAUUCAAUAAAAUAUUCAGGUCCAUCUUUUUAUUUUUUAUUUUUAAAAACUUUCCCUGCAGCAAUCUAUAGAGAUUUUGUACAUGUCUGGUAGGGUUCAUCAAAAAGUCAAUUUUUGAACAUUGGGAGCUUUUAAAUUGUAAAAUAACUGGAGGGUUAUUCAGUGCGAUGACAUAUUUGCUGUCUUAGAGUCGGGAAAUCUUAUCUUUCGAGUUGUUAUUUCAGUCUCUCUACCUGAUUGGCCAGUGACAAAAAUUAAUACAUUACUCCUUAUCAAUGUAAAGGCCACACACGCCGCUGCUCAUUUUAUCUCAUUUGGUUCAGUCUUAAUAUUCUGCCUUGUUAUAGCCACAGGGUAACGUACAUUGAGUUCUCUCUCUCUCUGUUGCGUCAGCUUCAGUCAUUUGUUUCUUGCAUAUAAUUGAGUUACAUCACAAACAGUUGUAGACCUCCAUGUUUGGACUUUUAAUCAGCGGACAGAUGAGUCUGGCCUGCAAAGCUGUAUUUUUAUACGUUUUAAACUGCAUGGAACUCACUUUUGUGUCCAACAUGAUUUGUUUCGAUGAAAGAAAGGGCAGACAGCAAUGGUUUAUCCUGAGGAUUUAAGUUUAAUUAUGACACCACAUCAAAAUAAAAAUUUCCAACAGAUCUGGAAUUUAAUUCCAUCCAUAUACAUGCAUAGCAACAACGUUUUAAGAAACAUUUUCUCCCAUAAUCAGGACAUUGGAAUGAUCAUUUUACAUCAGUAUCCCCACUGACCUCCCACCCAUCUUGUUCAUCAGCAAUAAACGUAAUUCUUGUACAACUUCUUUUUUUUUUCCUUCCCUACGGGGGUUACAAAUAAUUAUAUGCACAGUCCCCCAAUUCAUAAUACUGCUUUCAGUAAUGUUCCCUCAUUUACAAAGUAUUGCAUUGAGAGCAAAAUUUCAAAAAGGGAGACCAAAGUGUAUCAUCAAACAGAAAUACGAGUACUAUACAAGAAUGCUGCCAUCCUCAUGAAAACAUCCACAUCUGAGUUGAAGAAAAGAGACAGGGACAAACAGCCACAUAUGUAUGCAAAGCCAUAUGUAUAUGCCAAAAUGUGAGAUGCAGGGUUGUGCCUGGUUAUCACCCCCGAAAUGGUGAUUUCUUUAAGGCAAACAAGUCAUUAGUAGCAAUCUGCAUGUGACAUUGUGAGCGUAUACAGAAACUGGUACAGCAAAUAAGAAUACACAAGUGCCUCAGUAGCUAUUUUUGUGUCUAAAAUGCAUCUCAUUUUUGUAUUGUCUAUUUGUUUCAUUGAGCCUACACUACAGUGUAAACAAUAUGUGUGCUACACAAGAAUGACUAUACAAUAACAUUACAAACAACUCUGAUAUAAAUUUCAUUUUGAAUUUAAAUUAAGAUCACUACUCCUAUUAAUACUGAUUGUAAAAUAAAUUAAUGAGAAAGUGGCA